AUGAUGGUGGAAACAUUGCGGCCGCCAGCUACCAUUGGCUCUUUGACCGACAGGGCAAAGGGAAACCCUGUGCGCAUCACCGACCCGCAUAUCACGGCCGGCCCAAUACCGGCCAGCGCCUUCUUCAGCACAUGCGCAGCUUCUGAGCGCAAGACGUCCACCGCUCCGUUAGUCUACCACCUUGCGGUGUACCAACUCUACACACUAGCAUCCACAACUGCAACUUCUGCAUGCCCCAAGCCCGAGAUUGGCGAGAUCAUCGCUCGCCAUGAUGGCGCUGCGUGGGUUUCCGCUUUCUGGCAGGAAAUGAAGUAA